GCCGAGGUUGUGUGCAGCCCCUGGGGUUGUAAGCUGAUUAGCUGGCUUCUCCAUCCCACGCUGCUCCUGGAGGGAGGAGAUUUGGAGCUAAAAUAACCCCUAAGUCCUCUCAGCAACAUGUUUACAGGUAGAACGAGAGAGGUUGGCUUCAGCUUUUUUUGGGAUGUGUCAAGCGGCUCUCCGGACGUUUCUCCAUCGCAGCUGAAGUCUAAGAUCUUAACCAGGAUACUUAACCUGAUUUCGUGCGUGUGUCUGUAGGAGCGUGCGUACGAGCUCCGGAGCAGGGCUUAUUCUUUGUUUCCAUGCCGACCCUCAGGAUGGUGUGAGCGUGUUGUCUUUGGUGGGCUGAAGGCAGCGAAGUAUCCCGCAGUCCCGAGCACUGCUAGCAUGCCUGUGCAUCAGAUAUCCGUUGUGCCCAUCGCCAAGGAGACUGCCAACACUUCCAGCCGGAAUAGAGACAAGAGUAAAGAGAAUGAGGGUGAGAAGGCACCUGGGCGAUCAGGAAGUCGAUCCAGCAAUAUAUCUAAGGCGAGCAGUUCCACCCCAGGAGCCGUGCUGAACAGUGUCUCUCAAACAUCAGUUACACCGUCCUCACAGGACAUAUGCAGCUCUAGUGGUCAAGCUAAACUUGAAGUAGAUGUCUCAGAUCAGACUACACUCGUCAUGCCCAUAAACCCCACCCCCGACUCCGCCCCCACCGCAAAGCGCCAAGUCAAACGCCGCAUCCGUCGGCGACGGGAGAGCACCGGGACCGUUGGGUGUGCAACAGAUUGUGUGGACCAACCGAGACAUUCAAGGUUGCACAAGCAAACACACACACACUCCGACUCCUCCUCAGAGGACGAGCAGCGCUGGAGAGAAGCGCGCUCCUGGAGUCGCCAGAAAGCGCGACGGAGGCGCAGCAGCAGCCGACACACGCAAGCGCAUUCCCGCGAGGAUCAGGACACCAAGCUCAUGUCUGUCAACUCAGACGAGGGACAGAAAGAGAACCAGCCACCACCGUGCAAGGGCCCCAACACCAGGGCCCAUAAAAAGCUGUCAAAGCGGGAGGAGCGUGGGGGCCAAAACCAGGCAGCCAAUCACAAAAAAGGCAAUGAACGUGGUAGUAAUAAAAGUGGAAGUGAGGAGGAAGAGCCUAUUACAAAGACAUAUGAAGAGAGAGGUUCAGGAGACCCAAAUAUGUCUGUCCCGUCACCUUAUAAAUGCACUAUUCCCGCCAAUCAAAAUGGUGCUGCGCAACAGGCAUGCACUGAUGAUGAACUAGAGGUGUGCAGGAUCUGUCACUGUGAAGGUGACGAGGAGUGUCCGCUCAUCACCCCUUGCCACUGUACAGGAAGUUUGCGUUUUGUGCACCAGGGCUGCCUGCACCAGUGGAUAAAGAGCUCCGACACACGCUGCUGUGAGCUGUGCAAAUAUGACUUCAUCAUGGAGACACACCUCAAGCCUUUGCGCAAGUGGGAAAAGCUACAGAUGUCUACAAGCGAGAGGAGGAAGAUCUUCUGUUCUGUGACUUUUCACCUGGCUGCUGUGGUGUGUGUCAUCUGGUCACUCUACGUUCUGAUUGACCGCACAGCUGAAGAGAUACGCCAAGGCAAGAACAAUGCGUUGGUGCGUUUGUCCCCUCUCAAUGCCGUAGGGGUGCUGGAUUGGCCGUUCUGGACCAAGCUCAUCGUGGUGGCGGUUGGCUUUGCUGGAGGACUCAUCUUCAUGUACAUUCAGUGCAAAGUCUACCUGCAGCUCUGGAGGAGGCUGAAGGCUUUCAACAGGAUCAUCUUUGUACAGAACUGCCCCGACACCGUCCGCAACGGAGAGAACAGGCCGGCCCCGGUCACACAGAGCAACGGCACGCACGGGACGGCAGAGGUUCCCGCUCUUCAGACACAAACAAACACAGGAGGAGUGGAAAUGGCCCCCGUUUGACGACGGGUGCUUGCUGCUUUGAGUCUCAGUAGCUGAAAAGUUUAGGAAAGGGCUCCCUCCUGGUGUAUUUGACCAAAGUGAUGCGAUUUACAUACAACAAAAGCACUUUUUUCAUUUUUAUUAGAGGGUGGGUAAAGUUACAUAAGACGUUUAUAUAGGGCUAUCGAAAUAUAACAUUGUGUGCAAUUAACUAUAUACAAAACAUGGUGUAAAACAUUAUAACAUAUAAUCAUACCCUCGAUUCAGCUACUUAAAUAGAGAAAUGAGGGAUUUAUAUUAUCUGAGCCAUUUAAGCUUAAACAACCUUCAUUUUUUUGCAAGUCAGCAGUCAUUAAGUCGAUUAAAAAGGCAAGACACUACAGGCAAAUGGUUCAUGUUGAGAUUUUGGAGUAGUGUGACAAAAAACAUCCAAAAACACAUUCAAUUACAAUGUAUAUCUUUAAAGAUCUUUUCUCAAAAAGAGUUUUUAUACACCAAACUUGGUUUUAAUUUACUGAGUGGUUUGCUUAUGUAUCAUUUGCCUGUAUUUAUACAAUAUUUUACUCUUAAAAAACAUGGUGAAAAAGUAAUUUUUCGGACUGUUAUACAGUAUUCGUGGAGUGUUAAUAAGAGAUAUUCAAAAUCCCUUCUUUGAACAAAAUGAAACAGGAUUUUUGAACCUAAACAGGCACUGAAAAUUAGUGCAUAUUUAGUUAUAUUUUUUAACAUAACAUUUCAGAAAGCUUGUAAUACAAAAGCCAUCAGAAUGGGAGUCCCAUCAGCUGAAAAAAAGCUGCUAAAUUUCUCCAAACUUGUUUAGCUGAAGAAGCACAUUAAUCUGCAUCUCAGAUGGCCUGAUAAUGAGUCGAUUUUCAGCUAAUUUGUAUUUUGGGAAGAACUAAUCCUUUAAUUGUGUUAUCCUAUUCACCUGGGGUGUCUUGCCUUAAUCGAUUGGCAGCCCUGUUCUAUAGCCUACAUACUGUAUGUGUAAUACUGGUUAGAUCUAAACAAAAUAAGGUAAGAAUUCUUAUAACCUGUUCUGAAGUGGUUAGGUGUUCUCUUAUUCUCUGUAGAUUAGCGAGAAUUCGGUGACAUCUGAAUGUGACAGGGUGGUUACAGCAGUGAUUAUUCACGUCAAGGAAGCCAAUCCUCUGUAGCUUUGGCUUUCACCUCAGCUGUCUUUUCCUCAAUCUCUUAAACUAUUGGAUCAAGUAAAGAGUCACCUUACAAAUAAAUGGAAUUACACUGAAAGUCUUCAUGAAACCAAAGAUACAAGUAUUACAUACUAGGGAUCAGACAAGCGCUGGUAAAUAGCUUCUGUUUUUUAAUCAUGGUAACAUCAAUUGCUUUGUUUUCAGUGAUCUGUAAAAAAUGUUUUAUAGUUUAUAGUUUGUACGUACACCCAUAUCCUGGUUAUCAUUUCACCUCUUUAUUUCAGUGGGUUAUAAUGAAAUUUUCAGAUCGUGGCUGGGAUUUGUGUGAAAUACAUUCAUAUAUAUACAUAUAUGUAUGUAUAUGUAACACUAUCGAAAAUUUGAAGUGGAUCAAAACCUUAUUAUUUUAGUUGUCAACAAAAUGUGUUCUUGUAAACUUUGAUGAACCUAUUUGAUCCACUUCAAAUUCUGACUACUGUGUGUGUGUGUGUAUAUGUGGCACACAUUUUCUGGGUUACACUUUAUUUUAAGGUGUUCUUAUUUAUAUUUUAAGUUCACUAUUAAUAUAUCAAUCAUUUACUGUUCUUACUAUAGUAAGUAAAUGUAACAAGGACAGUAUAAAAUGAAGUGUUAUCUAAUCUUGCUGUGUCUGAAAAACAAAGAAAACCACAAUAACCUUUUGCCAUAUUUAUUUUUAAAAUAGUUAAAAUCUAUAAAAAAAAAUGAGUGGUAACCAGGAUUUGUUUUCUUCUAUGUUUUAUGGCAUUAAGAACUGGAUUUUUUUUUUAAACAAAAACUUAUGCAGCUUUUAAGAAUGUAUGUUUUGAAAGGUUUAUGGAGAAUAGUGUUUAUUUAUUUCUAAGACAGAGAUUGGUUAAUUUGCAGGUUUGAUCAGGUUUUGCUGAGUGGUACUCAGAAAGAAUUCAGCAAAUUUUACAUUUUUGUAUUGUGAUAUUUCCGCAGUGGCAUCAUAUCUUGAUAUAUAUAAAGAUAAUUUAAAAAAUGCCCAUAGGGCAAUACCAGGAUCAAGUGAGAUUUGGUGAUCAACAUUGGCGUUCACAAUUCAGAUGCACAUUAUCAAAGGAACGUGGAAAAAUCAGUCAGUGCAAUAAACCUGUGAAUGUUUCAAA